AUGUACCUUACAGGUCAACACGACGUCGUCCCGGCCAAGCACCAAUUCAAAGGAGUUUCUCACGUCGUCAUCGCUUUUAUGCGUUCUGAAUUCUUCAACGUUGAUGAGCAGCCCGAUGACUACCCAAUGUUUACCUCCGUCUCGGAUGUCCGCGCCCGCGUUCCUCAGCACACCAAGGUCAUGGUAGCUAUUGGUGGAUGGGGCGACACUCAAGGCUUUGAAGAAGCUGCAAAGACCUAUUUCUCAAGGAAACGAUGGACACGCCAAGUUGCAGCUAUGGUAAAGGCGACAGAGGCUGAUGGCAUCGACGUUGAUUGGGAAUACCCAGGCGGAAAUCGUGACGAUUACAAGGAGAUUCCUAACUCUGAGCGUGAGUGGGAGAUCGAGGCUUUUGUCUCCCUCCUUCAAGAGCUACGUGCUGCCCUUGGCCCUGAGAAAAUCCUGUCUGCGGCUGUCCCGGGCAAGGAGGGUGAUUUGAUGGCGUUUACAACCGACACUGUCCCUAGAAUCAUGAAGGAGGUCAACUUCCUCAAUAUCAUGUCUUACGACUUGAUGAACCGCCGUGAUAACACCACUGUGCACCACAGCGGUGUUGAAAACUCUCAGGAAGCUGUUCAACGAUAUAUCGACCGUGGUGCAUCGCCUAGUAGCGUCAAUCUAGGCCUCGGAUAUUAUGUCAAAUGGUUCAUGACCGAGAAGUGCGAUCCAGCGAAGCCUGUCGGUUGCCGUACACCCAUCCUCGAGGAUCCGGAGACCGGGGCUGAUUUGGGCAAAACUGGUGGCUUCAGCUGGCACGACGAGGUUCCUAAGGAUGUAGCCCAAUCGUUUAGUCGAGCGCGAUAUGAUGGCAAGUACGAUGUCGAUGGAAGCUACUAUUAUUGGGACGAGCAGGAGCUUCGAUGGUGGUCGUUUGACACGACGAGGAGCAUCCAGACCAAGUUCGAACGUAUUGUGCCGCAACUCAAACUUGGAGGCGUAUUUGCUUGGGGCAUUGGAGAAGAUGCGCCUGAUUUUGAGCACUUUCUGACGACAGCCGAGGAAGUUCGCAAGAUUCGGGAAGGUGAUCAAGUCAAGGACGAGCUUUGA